GCUGGGAUUACAGCUUUGGAUUUUAACCCUUCUGCCAAUCCGGUGGCAAGCACAGUAUUCCAGAGGAACUAUCAAACAGAUGUUGUAGAAAUAAGAAGAAGCAAUUGUACAAACCAUGUAUCUACUGUGCGUUUCAGUCAACAAUACAGCUCAUGUUCGACAAUCUUCCUUGAUGACAGCACAGCCAGCCAGCCUUAUCUUACAAUGACAAUAAUAUCAGUGACUUUGGAGAUACAUCAUGAUAUCACACAAAGACAUGCAGAUGGAUCUUUGAGCAUAUUUGAUGAACAGUUAUACUCAUUUACGGUUUCCACCAUGCACAUUACCCAGACAAGAAGUGGAGGUGGGAGUUUUAGUAACUAUUCCUCCUCCAUUCCAUCGACUCCCAGCACCAGCCAGGAGGACCUUCAGAUCAAUGUUCCUCCCACUGCCGACACACCCACGCCCGUUCGCAAGCAGACCAAGCGCUGGUCCAAGCUGUUCACAUCUGAGAAAGGGAGUCACCCAGACAAAGAGAAGAAAGCCCCAGAGAGUCAUGCUGACACCAUUGGGAGUGGCAGAGCCAUCCCCAUUAAACAGGGCAUGCUCUUAAAGCUAAGUGGGAAAUGGCUGAAGAAAUGGAAAAAGAAAUAUGCCACCCUCUGUGACAAUGGCACGCUCACCUAUUAUUCAAGCUUAGGUGAUUAUAUGAAGAAUAUUCACAAAAAAGAGACUGACCUUCGAACAUGUACCAUCGAAGUCCCAGGAAAGAGGCCACCCCUAGCCACACUGGCCUGUGCACCCAUUUCCAGCUCUAAAGGCAAUGGCCUAUUCAAAGACAUGAACAGUCUAUGUACCUCAGCCAAUUCAGACACCGGGCUGAGUGACUCCAUAUGCUCCAGCCCCAAUAUCUCCAGCACCACCAGCCCCAAGCUCAACCCACCCCCCUCUUCUCAUGCCAACAAAAAGAAACACCAAAGGAAGAAAUGCACCAACAACUUAAAAGACAAUGGCCUGUCUGGCACUGCUGAAAAACAAGCAGAAAACUUUAUCAUUGUGUCCCUCACUGGCCAAACGUGGCACUUUGAAGCCACGUCAUAUGAGGAGCGGGAUGCCUGGGUCCAAGCCAUCGAGAGCCAGAUUGUGGCCAGCCUGCAGUCAUGCGAGAGCAGCAAAAGCAAGUUCCGGCUACUUUAGACUAGCACAAUGUUAUUUACUAAUAAUCUUGAUCCUUAGCUACAUUUCUCUGCAAUAAAUUUGCUAUGAUGCCAUGAUGGGGAUCAGCAAGCUACGUUUU